AUGGGGAGCGAGCCUGUCAGUCACGGGGCGGACCUGCCACAGCGGGUCGACCUGCUGGAGCGCCUCCUCGGCGUGCCGAGCGAGGAUGGGACGCUCGAGGCGCGUGUGCGCGCUAUCGAGCGCCUGAUUGGGCCCGAGGUGGCGCAGUUGGCAGAUGGGGCAUCGACAUCCGUGUCGGCGACGGGUCAGCGCCCGUUGCCCGUCAUUGCGCCGCUUGCGGCCGUCUCGCUGGCGGACGCCGACUUUGACACGGGUCGGCGAGCUGUCCCCGAGUCCACCAUGGGGGGAGAGACCACGUGUAUCGUAUGCUUUGCGCGAGCGAAAUCGCAUGCCGCGGUCCCGUGCGGUCACGUGUGCGCUUGCGGACCAUGCUCCGAGCUGAUGGAAGAGUGUCCGUACUGCCGCGAGCCAGCGAUGAUGUGGAUGGUUCCGCGGCACGUGUGA